UUAAAGCAAAAUGGCAUUGCAAAAGUUACCUCUCAUGUCCAUUGGGCUCCUUUUGCUCCUAAUCAUCGUCGGUUCUCCGGUAAAUGCCGAUGGACCGGUUUGCCCACCGACACCGUCCAACAAACUAAGCCGGGCACAUUUUCCUGAAGGUUUCUUAUUUGGCACAGCGACUGCGGCAUAUCAGGUUGAAGGUGCAGUUAAUGAAACUUGUCGUGGACCGUCCGUGUGGGAUAUCUAUUGUAAGAAAUAUCCAGAAAAAUGCAAUGGCGAUAACGGUACUCAGGCCGUUGAGUUCUUCUAUCGUUAUAAGGAAGAUGUCCAAUUAAUGAAGAAUCUCAACACAGACGCCUUCAGAUUAUCUAUCUCGUGGACGAGAAUUUUUCCUCGUGGAAACUGGAGUUUAAUCGACGAGCUCAACAGAAAUAGUAUAAUUCCGUUUGUGACUGUUUUUCAUUGGGACACUCCACAAUCUCUAGAAAAUGAAUAUGGCGGCUUCUUAAGCGCAAACAUUGUGAAAGAUUUUCGGGAGUAUGCUGAGUAUGUUUUCCAAGAGUAUGGUGGAAAAGUGAAGCAUUGGAUCACUUUUAACGAGCCAUGGGUUUUCGCACACGCCGGUUAUGACGUGGGUAAGAAAGCUCCAGGACGUUGUUCUCCUUACGCCAAGGAAAGAACCGUCAAGGGAGAAUGCCUAGGUGGAAGAUCAGGUUAUGAGGCUUAUCUAGUCAGUCACAACCUGCUCAACGCUCACGCAGAAGCCGUUGAAGCUUUUCGACAAUGCGAAAAAUGUAAAGGUGGGAAGAUCGGAAUCGCACAUAGUCCGGCUUGGUUUGAACCACAUGACUUUAAGGAUGCACAAAAUGGUGCGACCGUUGACCGUGCACUUGACUUUAUAAUGGGAUGGCAUCUGGACACAACUAUGUUUGGGGAUUAUCCUUAAAUAAUGAAAGACAUUGUUGGACAUAGAUUACCUAAGUUUACCACUGAGCAGAAAGCAAAACUGAGAAACUCAGCUGAUUUCGUAGGGAUCAACUACUAUACUUCCACAUUUUCAAACCAUAUGGAGAAGCCAAAUCAUGCAGAACUAAGAUUUAAACAAGAUUCUCUUGUUGAAUGGAAAGAUAAAAAUAUAAACGAAGUCAGUAUUGGUAGCAAGCCUGCGACCGCUGAGCUGGCGGUUUAUUCUAGAGGCUUUAGAAAAGUUUUGAAGUACGUCAAGGAUAAAUACGCAAAUCCAGAAAUUAUCAUCAUGGAAAAUGGAUAUGGAGAGAAACUUGGAGACAACGAUACAGUUGCAGUUGGUACUGCUGAUUACAACAGAGAAACUUAUCUUAAGAGGCAUCUUUUGAGUAUGUACGAAGCUAUUUGCGAAGACAAGGUGAAUGUUACAGGAUAUUUUGUAUGGUCAUUGCUGGAUAACUUCGAGUGGCAAGAAGGCUUUAAAACCAGAUUUGGACUAUAUUACAUUGACUUCAAAAACAACCUCACACGUCAUGAGAAAGUUUCAGGCAAGUAUUAUAGAGAAUUUCUUAGUCAAGGUGUUCGUCCAUCCGCGAUCAAGAAGGAUGAGCUUUGAGCUAUAUUUGGAGGGUUUGGUUUCGUUUCAAUGUUUAUUUCUUAUGCUUAGUGUGUGACUGACCAAGAUUCAUUAGGUCUUGGUUAGGAUAAUAAAAACGUUCGUCCUUCCAUGAUCAAGAUCAGUGAUAAGCUUUGUGCUAUAUUUGGAGGAUUUGAAUUCGUUUC